AUGGAGCUGACGGCCGAUGUUCCAAGAUCCCCAAGCCCCGUUCCUGGGGAACUGUCUGGCAAAGCCCUCACAGCUUCGAUCACGCAGCUGGGUCGGCGCAGCCGGUGGCAGGAUGUCCUGCAGUUAGCCGGGGCAUUGCUGCACGCCGGCCCCCGCCCCAACGUGAUCUCCAUGAACGCUGCACUGACGGUCUACUCCAGGAACACAGCCUGGGCCCUCUCAGUGGCCUUCUUGCGGGUGCUGGAGAUGCAGGGACCCGAGCCCGAUACGGUGACCUGUGGGGCAGCGAUCCACGCCUGUGGCUUGGGAAGCAGCUGGGUGGGCGCAUUCUGCCUCCUCCGACAAAUGCACAGGUGGCGCGCCGAACCCAGCACCACCACCCUGAACGAGGCCCUGAACGCACUCAACGAGCAAGAUGCCCGAAACUCCCGGGACCGAUGGCAACAAGGCCUGGGUGUGCUGGGCGAUAUGGCCAUGCAGGGCUUGGAGCCGGAUGUGGUCACCCUCGGGAGCCUGGCCUGUGCAUUUGCCCGUGGCGUCCGGUGGGUGGAGGCUUUGAGGCUCUUGGGCGGCCGAGGUUCGGGAGCUGUGGCUGCGGGAGCUGUCAGUGCCGCGCUGGUGGGUGGCAUCAUCUCUGGCUGCACUGCUGCCUUGCGCUGGCACUGGGCCGUGGAGUCGUUGCUGCACUUUCGCCAGGCAGACACGGCUUGCAAGAAGCUGGGAGGGAAGAGCGAUCUGAGCGCCGGGAGGUUGGUGAUCUGCCGCGGGGCUGUCUUGAAGGCCCUGGCUCGCAGCAGCCGCUGGGAGCUCUGCUGCGCCGAGCUGCGCGAGAUGUGGCGCCGGUCCCGCGGCGCCGCCUCCGCCACCUCCGGCGCCCCGGAGCCUCCGCCGGACCUCCGGGCCCACAACGUGGCCGUCAGCGCCUGCGAGCUCAGCGGCCGCUGGCGCCAGGCCUUGCUUCUCCUGCGACUGGCGCGGCGGCGCCGGCUGCAGCUUGACGAGAUCAGCUUCUCCUCGGCAGCAAGCGCCUGUACCCGCAGAGGCCUCGCCUGGGCCUUCGGCUUGUGGAUGUGGGAGGAGUUGUGCUUGUCGGGGGGGCCUCAGCCAGACGUAGUCUUUAUGACCACGACCCUGACGGCCUGCGAAGUGGGGCAGCGCUGGCAUACUGCCAUGAGGUUGCACCGCAACCUGCUAAAACAAGCAGGCUGCCUCGAAUCAGACGAGGUUGUGAACCUGGCAGUCAUCAGCUGCUGCGAGAGAUCUUCUUUCUGGCGCAGCGCGCUGCAGCUCUUGGGCAGCAUGGCCCUCACAUAUGGCGUUGGAAAUGCGGCAGUUGGGGCUUGCAGCCGUGCCCUCCAGUGGGCGCAGUCACAGCUGCUUCUGAGCAGCCUCCUUGAUCCCGACGUCCUCUCCUUCGCAGCCUUCCUGGAGUGCUUGCCGCCUGGCAUGUCCAUGCUCCAUCUUCUGGAUGCUUGCGGCCCAGUGGCCCUCGCACGGAUCAGCUCAGACUUGAUGGGGACACGGCCUGCUCGGAGAGUAAUACGUCCUGGCUAUAUGGUGGCACUCUUCCUACUGGGCUGGGCCGCAAACGUGACCUUGUUUGCCAGAUACAGAGUGGACUACGCCUCAGUUCUCCAUCUGUCGAAAGAAGAGCUGGUCAGUCCUCGGCUACUUGUCGUCUUCGCCCUGCUGAUCACGGUCGUGCUGAGCAUGGCGCGUGCAGCUGCUUUUCUUCAUGGUGCGUCACCGGAGCUCAUCGUGUUUGUGCUGGUUUGCUACGGCGCGGCGCUGCUGGCGGUGUGGGGUAUGCUGCCUAGGUCGAUGGCAAAGCACAGCCGCUGGCGAGAGCCGUUCGUUCAGGCCCUGCCGGCUUUCUUCCUGUUGCUUAUGUGA